AUGUCUUCUACCCGCUAUCAAACCGCCCUGCGUUUCAUCCAAGCAUUCGAGACCCUGUCCGUCGAAACCUUUCUCUCCCUCCAAACACCCACCUGUCACCACAUCUUCGCACCCUCGUCUCUCUCGCUACACCCGAAGGACAAUGCAGCUUUCGCAGCGCACAUUUCCGGGCUCAAGCAGCUUAUGGAAGGCUUUCCAGUGAGGGCGAAGGAAGUGAUUGACAGUCAGGAAAGCAAUCAAGCAACGAGUGAGACGCGCUUCCGAGACGAGGUGAAGGAUACUGGCAUUUCUGAGGAUGAGUGGGCGUAA